AACUUUGUGCACAACUCUGUUCGUGCAAAGAUGUUGCGGGGACGACAUGUCCUCCGGGUUAUACAAAUGACAUUCUCCAAAACUCUGGUGAUGAUGUCAAUAAAUUCUGCAAAUCGGGGUGUGCAUCUUCUGUGUGUGGUACCUUAACUACUCUCCAAAACUCUGAUGCAAGUGAAAUUGUGAAUGGAGCAGUUGAACAAUGCACCAACGCAUGUUCUACUUUAUGCACCAAAGGCUCAGCAAAAGCAGUUAAAACUGCCUAGCUAACAAGCAUAUCCCCGAUAUAUGUGUUGUUGUUUUCCCUGUUUUCAAUAAUUGUCUUGUAUGUGAUGAAAUGCUAGAUACUUGAGCUAGCUACUACUAUCUCCAGGUUUUCUAUGUCACGUAGAAGGUCACCAAUCUCUAAAUUGUUUACCCCUUCUAUUUGCUAUUAUCUAAAUAAAGAAUAAUAGUGUGUCCUACUUGCUUUA